AUGAGACCAUCUGACCAGGAGACUAAGCAAAAUGAAGUUCAGAGCGACAUGAGUACAGCUGCGCCUUAUACGCAUGAGCUCACGGCACUGUACACCUUACUGGUAAUACUGUUUCUAGCCAGUAUGGCGUAUAUCAUCGUUAAGGCAGUGAUUCACUCAAGAAAAUCCGGAUUUCUUUCCACGGGAACGAAAUCGGAGACGUUUCCAAUCAACGGAAAAGGAGUCGUGAACGCGGCUUGA